AUGAUAUCCAAGUCUAUGAUUGGUUCACUUUUAGUAGUUCUCGUAGUUGUUCAAUUUAUUCAAGCCCACGAUGAAACAAUAGUUACGGGUAGCGCUCCAAACUCUUCCCUCCAGGAUAUAGAUUGUGAUGAAAAAUGCCUCUUGAGGUGCAGCAAAGCGUCGAGGACAAAGAUGUGUUUAAGGGCAUGUGGAACUUGUUGCGAACGUUGUCACUGUGUUCCACCUGGCACUUAUGGUAACUACGAUACAUGUCCAUGUUAUGCUGACCUGACAACUCAUGAAGGCAGGCGCAAAUGCCCAUAA